CAAAAAUAUAACUAAAUGCAAAAUUAUUGAGUAUAAACAAGAAAAGUUAAUGUUUGUCCUAGAAUAAUUAAUAAAUUUGCUAAAGUUAUUGGAAAUCUUUUCUUUGACUUUGCCAGUAAGUUAUUUCCUUCUUCGAUUGUUUUUGUUUCUUUAUGUUAUUGUGGUCAAAACAUUGAACUUUUUGUUUUACCUAAAAAUAAUAAUAAGUGGAUCAUAAAAUUAUGAUAUUGGAUGAAAUUGUGUCAUGGUAUCAGAAAAAGAUUGGCACUUAUGAUAAGGAACCCUGGGAAAAGACAGUUGAGCAAAAGAUACUGGAUGGUUUCAGCAGUGUGACAUUGAAAACUGCAAAAUUAAAAACCGAACUAAUUGAUGUGGAUUUAGUUAGAGGUUCUACAUUUCCCAAAGCAAAACCUAAACAAACACUUUUAACUGUUAUACGUUUGGCUGUAUUGCGCUACUUACUUUUACCACUGUACGCACAAUGGUGGGUGAAACAAACGUCUCCAAAUGCCUUUGGCCUGCUUCUGUUUCUUUAUAUAACACAAAUGAUCAACUGGGCCGUUUAUACGUUCAAUGUCAAUCGCUUGGAACCAAAUAAUGAUGGAAAUGUUUUAAUUAAAACAAAUGCAACACAAGUGCCGAAUGUCACUGAUGACGGUGUCGCAGAAAAAUCAUCAGAUACUGAGCACAUUGUUUCUCUAUCGGAGCUUUUAAUACCAAUGGUUUUAAGCCUUUUCCUUAGCUUAAUACAUUCUCAGAUUGUGGCUACAAAUAUAGCUCAAAGUGGCUCCAAAAGUAAAAGAAGACGUUAUUCAAAUACCAGUCAAAAUGGUAAGCAUUCUAAAGAGCCAAAAUUACGUAGGCGUAAAAAGCUGGUCAAGCUACGUAAUCACGAUUUACUUGAAAACACGGCAAAUAAAUCGAUAUCACUUAAAAAAUACUCUGCUGGAAGCACAGAGAUUUUAACUAAAUCAAACUCAGAGAUUUCCUCUAACGCCUCUACCAAUACUUCUACCACAAUACUCUCGGGUAAACGUUCCAAUCUCACUCCGUCUCCAACAACUCACGAUGGCUUUCCUUCACAAUCAUCGCGCAUUUCGCGAACUACAUCAUCAUGCACACCACCCCCGCCUUUAACUCAAACAACUUAUAGUAAUAACUUGAAAUUAGAUCUCGUUGACGUCCUGUGCAAACAUUCAAAUUCUGAAGAUCUUCUGCAUUUAGACAACGACACUGAAUGUUCGAUUAGAAAACGCAAUGUUAAUUGGCAAUCACCCAUUCACAAAUAUGCGACAACAACAACAACGAGAGCAACACAAGAAAAACAACAGCAAACAUCUCCCCAAUCCAUAUCCACAACUAGCAGCACACAUACAUCGCAUGUCGGAGAAAAUUCUAGCAUUUCAUCUGAUAGUACGAGUGUCUCACCUACUAAAACUGUUCGUAUCGAUGAAUGCGUACAAGAAUUCUACGAUGAUCUAAUCAGUCGUACAUUGGAACCCACAACAAAAAGCUCACCAAAUUCGAGUGGGACUGCAGUUGGUACAGAUGGUGGCGGCAAUAAUGUUUCGAAUACAAGACGUGCUGUUGGUGAAGAUGAUGGAUUCGAAAGUCUAAAUGGUAAAAGUUCGAGUGGCGAGGAUACAAAUGCUUCACCCCAGGUAACAAAGAAUCAAUUACGAUUACGUUUAAACAUUUUGGACAAUCAUCAACGUGUACUACACUUGAAUGAGCCUUUGCAACAAAGUGCCACUUCCAUUUGUAUUCGUCGAAAAGGACCUCAUGUAAUGACAACAGAAAAUCUGGAUUAUAAGACAACGAAACAAAUGAAUAGUGGGAAGUCACGUAACAUCAGUAGCGAAGAAACUGAGGAGGAGGGUGAUGAUGGCGAACUCAUAUCCAGUCCAGCUUCGCCAGGCAAUGUAUCGAACUAUAACGAAUGUACAACAUCAGCCACAGAAUGGUUGGGCAUAACGACAAACAGCGAAGAUUGCAGUUAUAGUUCGGAGUAUGACAAUUCAGAUAAUUAUAAAAGUAAUCAAUAUUCUGAUGAUAAUGGCUGUGAUUUGGAUUUCACGCCAACCGUCCUCCUAAACCCCCAUGGAACGAGUGAUAGAAUAAGCUGUACGAUUUGGGAUCAAAGGGAAAUAAAAAAAGCUCAGAUGUCGGUUUUAGAAAUAUCGUCAUGUAUAAUUGACAAUGUUGAAUCAAUGCCGGAAACGAAUGAUUACAUAUACAUUGGUAUAUUUUUUUCAUUGUUGCUGUCAUUGAUACCGUGUUUUUGUCGCCUGUGUGAAGUAACCCUUGACGCAGAAAAUCCGAGCGAAAUAAAUUAUUUUGAUUUGCCCAUGAUGUUGUGGGAGAAGGCAUCAUUUUCUUUUAUGGCCAUUUUUCGCUUUGCUUUUGGUCAUUCACCAUGGGAGCGUACAGUGCUGGUGAUUGGUUUAAUACAACGUAUUUGUUUGACACUUGUGUUAUUUAUGAUUUUUGCUGUGGCCGAGAGAACAUUUAAGCAAAGAUUUUUAUAUGCAAAACUUUUUUCGCAUUUAACAUCGUCACGUCGGGCUAGAAAGUCGAAUUUACCCCAUUUUAGAUUGAAUAAAGUGAGAAAUAUUAAAACCUGGUUAAGUGUUAGAUCAUAUUUAAAAAAAAGAGGACCUCAGCGAUCGGUGGACAUUAUAGUGUCGGCUGCUUUUAUCAUUACCUUACUAUUGUUGGCAUUUUUAAGCGUAGAAUGGUUGAAAGAUUCAGUUCAUCUACAUUCACAUUUGAAUUUAGAGGCUCUUAUGUGGUCCACAACCAUAGGGAUAUUUCUGUUGCGUUUUAUGACUUUAGGCAACAAAAUUCAUCACAAAUAUCGCAGUGUUUCUGUGUUGAUAACAGAGCAAAUUAAUUUAUACCUGCAGAUUGAAAAGAAACCCAAAAAGAAAGAUGAAUUAAUGGUCUCAAAUAGUGUUCUAAAAUUAGCUUCUGAUCUUCUAAAAGAACUUGAAACACCUUUUAAAAUUUCCGGUCUAAGUGCUAAUCCAUAUCUGUUUACCACCAUUAAAGUGGUUAUACUUUCUGCUUUAUCAGGAGUUCUUAGUGAAAUGUUGGGCUUUAAGCUUAAACUACAUAAAAUCAAAAUUAAAUAAAGUACCUUGUAGUUUUUCUUUUGUUAUAUUUUUUUUAUUUUUUUUUAUAUUAAUUAGUAAUACUAUUCUAUUUUGCAUUAUUAUAGAAAUUUAAUAAUAUGUAUAUGUAUGUACAAUUCCUCUUAUUCCCUGUAUUACGUUUUAUUAAUAUAGAUUCGAGAUAAAGAAGAAUCAUGAACAAAUAUUGUUGCCAUUAGAUAUUCUAGUAUACAAAUUAUAUUCCUAUUAUUAAAACAAAUUUUUAUUUUAUAAACACAAACAAAAUUUUGAAGCGGUGAAAUUAUAUAAUCAUAUUUUCAUGAAUCUAUGUAUAUCAUUUUUUAUAAAGACUAAUUUUGAUUAAAUAUUUGUAAAAUAAAAGAAAAAUGUUAAAUAUUGAAACUAAAUAAA